CGGCUUGCGUGGGCAGUUGCGGCUUCUCUGCCGGCCGGAACCGACAUGUCCGACACGCUCUUCUGUUUCUUUUUUUAAAUUUCCUUUUUUUCAAAAAUUGUUUUCCUCGUUCUCUCUCUCUCUGUCUCUCGGCUUCGCGAACAGUUCGUUUAUCGCCGAAAAAGGAAAGUGAUAAACAAUUGCAAGGACGUUUCCCACGUCGUUUGCGAAGUGAGCCAAGUGUGAGGGAACCGAAGACCACGGCAGCCACAAGGCAUGACCCCUCGCGGCGGAGGCGGGCGCCGCGCGGCAGAUGUGGCCCGCUGUAAUGGCGGCGCAAGCUGACGUCACCCGGCCGAGCAGGAUCGCCAACCACGAGCCUCAUGUCCCCGCCCCGCCCCGCUCGCGCCCCGCCCAGGCGCCCGACCAGCGCCGCUGCUGUGUGUCCGUGGUGCAUGUCGCGGAGCCGCUACCUGCUGCUCAUGACGGGCGCCGUCACGUGACUCCUGCGGCCGCGCGCCAGAUGUCGCGGUCCGCGGAGCAGGCGUCCAUCCCGGCCAGGCUGAGGACCGGCCUCCGGAGGUUCUCGUCCACCCUCAGGGAGCGCUGGAGGCGGCGCUCCAAGGACUCCCGCCCCCAGGACGGAUUCCUGGCCAAGUUCCGCUCGGGGGCGGCGGACGACCCCGGCGGCGGCACGCCCUUCUGCUGGGGGCGGAGCCUGGCCGUGGACCCCACGCUGCCCUUCCACUACCGGUGGCUGCUGCUGGUGACCCUGGCCGUGCUGUACAACCUGGUGUUCGUCAUCGGCCGCUCCGUCUUCUGGGAGCUGAACAACGCUACCCCGGGCCUCUGGCUGGGUCUGGACUACACCUGCGACGUCAUCUACCUCUUAGACAUACUCAUACAUGCCCACGAAGGCUACCUGGACCAGGGCCUCAUGGAGACGGACGCGCACAAGCUGCGCCUAAACUACUGGCGCUCGUGCAAGUGGCGCGCCGACCUCGCGUCGCUGAUGCCCACGGACAUGGCCUACCUGUGGUGGCCGCCGUCCCAGUGCCGCGUGCAGGUGCCCUGCCCCGUCAUCGUGCGCCUCAACCGCCUGCUCAGGUUCCCGCGCAUGAGCCAGUUCUUCGACAAGACCGAGACCCGCACCGGAUACCCCAACGCCUUCCGCAUCUGCAAGGUGGUGCUGGCGAUCCUCGUGCUGAUCCACUGGAACGCGUGCUUCUACUUCGCCAUCAGCUAUGCCAUCGGCUUCGGCACGGACAACUGGGUGUACAACCUGAGCGGGCCGCGCAACAGCACGCUGUCGCGGCAGUACAUCUACAGCUUCUACUGGUCUACCCUCACCCUCACGACCAUAGGAGAGACGCCCCAGCCGGAGAACGACGCCGAGUACCUGUUCGUGGUGGCGGACUUCCUGGCCGGGGUGCUCAUCUUCGCCACCAUCGUCGGCAACAUCGGCUCCAUGAUCAGCAACAUGAACGUGGCGCGCGUCGACUUCCAGACGCGCAUGGACGGCGUCAAGCAGUACAUGGCGUUCCGGCGAGUGUCCCGGGAGCUGGAGGCGCGCGUCAUCCGCUGGUUCGCCUACACCUGGGCCAACAAGCAGGCGCUGGACGAGGAGCGGGUGCUGUCGGCACUGCCCGACAAGCUGAAGGCGGAGAUCGCCAUCCACGUGCACCUCGACACGCUGCGGCAGGUGCGCAUCUUCCAGGACUGCGAGCCGGGCCUGCUGGAGGAGCUGGUGCUCAAGCUGCGGCUGCAGGUGUUCAGCCCCGGGGACUACAUCUGCCGCAAGGGCGACGUCGGCAAGGAGAUGUACAUCGUGAAGCGCGGCCGGCUGACGGUGGUGGACGACGACGGGCGCACGCUGCUGGCCACGCUCGGCGCCGGCUCCGUGUUCGGCGAGGUCAGCGUGCUGGACAUCCCGGGCAACCGCACGGGCAACCGGCGCACGGCGAACGUGCGCAGCCUCGGCUACUCGGACCUGUUCUGCCUGGCCAAGCGCGACCUGUGGGAGGCGCUGGCCGACUACCCGGAGGCGCGCAACAGCCUCGUGGAGCGCGGCUGCCAGCUGCUCAGGAAGGACGGCCUGCUGGACGAACAGGCGUUCCGCGAGGCGCAGGCCGUACACGAGAGCCUCGCUGACAAGGUGGAGCGACUAGAAAGCACCCUGAGCAACCUGCAGACGAGGUUCUCCCGCCUGCUGGCCGAGUACUCCAGCCACCAGUCCAAGGUGAAGCAGCGCCUGUCCGCCGUGGAGAGCCAGUCCCAGCCGCAGGGGUCGGGGGCGGCGGGGGCGGCGGAGGCGGCGGACUGUCCGGCGGCGGCGGCCUGCCUCUCCAAGAUCGACGCCUCGCACAUGCGCAGAUCCUUCCAGGGAGUGUCGCGCAUACGGCGCAGCAAGCAGAACUCCAUGUGAUCCCGCGAGCGUGUUGGCGACUACACAUCCCUGGACCACCCUGUACUGGGCCGAUGCCUCGGACCACCCUGUAUGCGUCACGUGACAUUCCUGGACCAUCCUGUAUGGAGCAUGUGGCAACACAUUUUUGGACCAUCCUGUAUUCGGCACGUGGCAACACAUUUUUGGACCAUCCUGUACGCGGCGCGUGGGCAACACAUUUUUGGACCAUCCUGUACGCGGCGCGUGGGCAACACUUCCCUCGACCACCCUGUACUGGGCUGCGGCCUCGGACCACCCUGUAUGCGACACAGGGCAACACAUCCUUAGACCACCCUGUAUACAGCACGUGGGCAACUCAUCCCUGGACCACCCUGUACUGGGCUGCUGCCUGCUGCGUGCGAUGAGGCUCUUGGAACACCCUGUGCGCUGUGCCUAUGCCGUGUGUGUGUGGCACAACCGAGAACACACUGUACACGGGGCGCUGGUGUACAACAUCACGUGAACAUGUCGGGACCGGUCCUGAACACACGUGUACCCUUUGUAGAGCAACACCUGUGUAACAGCACGUGUAGCCUAGAUCACCCUGUAUACAUAACAGCUUAAAACAAGAAAGAAGAUGAACUUUUGAAAAUGAAAUUGCGAAAUGCUGAAACACGAAUUUUUCACACGAACCACAGCCAGUGACAAAUAUGAGAGACAACUACGCACAUUGCAAAGUGAGGUUAGGUUGCUUUCGGGCAGUUGUACUUAAUUUCUCAUUAAGGGGAGAGAAGAAAAACCGACAGAUGCAAUCUUGUUAACAGUUUUUUUUGGACCCAACAUUUCAUUAUUUGGCUUCGUUAAAGCAUACUAUAGUGUAAUUUAUUGGCAUACCUGGCUGUUACAACUAGUUUUCACGGAAGUCAUUGACAUUUAAAAUCCAAUCGAAAUAUCUUUUAGCGAAUAAUUAAAACUGUAAUAAUACUGUUAAUAGACAAACAAAAAAAAUUUCAAUACUUAAAUUACUAUGGGUAUAAAUCCGUUUAAAACCAUUAUGGAGUCUUUCGGUUAUUGCAUUUCCCAUUUAAUUUCAAAAAUUUUCAUACUCACGCAAGUAAACAACGUAGUUUCCCCAGCAGAGUGUUUAUCAUAUUACACGCCUAAGUACAGAAUGACUUUUUUUUCCCCGGUUACGAAAAACAGACAUGUACAUUUUCCAAGAGCCGUUACAGAAAUAAGGGAUGACCAACGGUUCUAUCUUGUGCGGAAAUAAAAAAAAAAAGUGCCUAAGACAGUGAUAAUAGCAGAAGACCAAAGGUGACUAGCGUCAAUAAUAAAAAAAACAGUGGGACGUUAAAAGUUAUGUUUGAAGGAACAGAUCGUUUAGAAUAAAGAGAUAUUUACACAAAAAAUAUAUACUAUAUUAGAAAUGAACAUAAGUAUUUUAUUUCAACGUUGCGUGAUGAUGUUGACGAGAGAGAGAAAAAAAAGAAAUUUUUUGUAAGCGAGCGAUUUCUUUGUAAAUUAUUUUCUUAUGUGUGUACAAGUAAUAAAGGUUUUUUAAAGUAGCACAGUUUAUAUUUGGGCGGGUGUUUUUUCUUUUGUUUGUCCUCCGUGCAAGGAAGCGAUGUGAUUGGGCGAGCUUGUACAGAGGGCGGCCAAUGAGAUGUCGCGCGGUUAGCGGAUCACCGCAACACCAACAAUCAGGGAAUAUCUGUGGAAGCAGAGACGACUCAGGUGAAACUCAACUGAAAAGGUGUCGACGAAACCUGGGAAGCACAAGGAAAAUAAACAAUAUAAUAUAUUAUAUUAAUGCAGGGCCCUGGGGCCAAUAAUACCCUCACUUUUAUUUAAUGUACAGAUUUCUUCAACCCCACAAUUUAAAAAAAGAACGGACGUACGUGUACUUAGAAGUUGUACUUACUUGA